CUUUCAGUCGAGCGUUCGUGUGCGCGUGAGCUCAUUUCAUUCACUACGAAAAAAAGACGCGGACAGAAAAAAUUAUAAGAAGGUGCGUUCUUUUUGUUGAACUGGUGGUGAAUGAUUCAUCGAUGAGCAAGGGUGUUACUUAUUCACAUACUUGCGGAUCGAGGUGGGAUCUUGUGCUGGCUAUUGCUGAUUUUUCUUUGCCGACGGUCUUAUGAUCGCCUGAAGUCACGGCUCGAUGGGCAGCAUGAGAGCGGAUCGUAUGCCGCUUGCACUGCUGCUGCUGCUGCUGCUGUUUGCAGCCACGGCGACUGCCCUCGACAUACGAUCCUGUAACUCCGCCCUUGGCAUGGAGUCAGGCGCCAUAGCGGAUUCGGCACUCAACGCCUCGUCGUCGUACGUGACAAAUGUUGGCCCGCGAUACGCUAGACUUCGCAAAGAGACAGCAGGUGGCGGUUGGUGUCCGAAACGUCAGAUCGAGAAUGGUGUGCGCGAAUGGAUACAGAUAGACCUUGGCGGUACUCACAUGGUAACAGCUAUCGAGACACAAGGCCGUUUCGACCAUGGACGUGGUCAAGAAUACACCGAGGAAUACACCGUCGAAUAUUGGCGGCCUGGAUUUACAGACUGGCGGCCUUACAAACUUUGGAAUGGUAAAGAGGUGUUGGCGGGCAACGUCGACACAUCGACGAUCGUAACAAGAGAGUUAGUGCCAGCGAUCUUUGCUCAGCAGUUACGAGUUCUACCACAUUCGGUACACAGACGCACAGUCUGCUUGAGACUCGAGCUCAAAGGAUGCCCGGACCACAGCGGAAUAGUGAGCUAUACGAUACCCGAAUCACCGGUAGAAGAACUCAAUGACACCUGGUACGAUGGUGUACGCGACGAGAGUGGUUAUCUGUCAGGUGGCCUUGGACGAUUGAUGGAUGGUGAGGUUGGCGCUGACAAUUACAAGCAGGAUAUAGGCUUAGAAAAAGGGACAGGAUGGGUGGCGUGGAUGCGAGACAGUUUUCCCGAUAACUACGUUGAGAUGUCGUUUCUCUUCGAGACACUAAGAUGCUUCAAUACUGUGCACAUUUACACCAACAAUUAUUUCAAGCGUGACGUGCAGGUAUUCGCACGAGCGGAAGUGUGGUUCGUCGGCGACGAGGAGCAGAUCGAUGAGGAUGAAGCGGUCACCUACUCCUACAUCCCGGACACCAAUUUAGAAAACGCGCGUAACGUUUCCAUCGCAUUGCACGGCAGGCAAGGCAAAUUUUUGAAAUUCCGCCUGCACUUUGCCGCUCGUUGGAUUAUCAUCAGUGAAGUCACCUUCGACUCAUGGGAUCCCAACGCAAACGCGAGCGAGGAGAGCUCGUCCGAAAUCAGUAACGAGGAGUCGUCUGGCAACGGAAGCGGCGCCAACAGUAGCACUACGGUCAACCACGAGGCGGAUCUCAACUUACAAACGAUUACAGCGAGAGAAGAAGAUCAAGAAUACGUGGAAGUUCUCAUUGGAGUAUUAACGGCGAUAACUCUGCUUCUGCUGCUCGUUUUUAUCAUCAUCUUGUUGCUCAGCCGACGCCAGAAGCUGCAGAGUUCACCGACUGUGCUAAAAAAUCCCUUUGGUUUUGCAAUCAGCAUGAAGGGUUUUCUGCUGAAUCUGACACCAGGCAGAGUACUAAACAACAGCGGUCGCGGCUCUCCUGACGAGGAGGAUGAGGAUGAAGCAGACGCUAUGCGCGACGAGGAAGAUUUGGAUGUGGACGUGGAAGGAUUGGAGGCUGGUGUCGCUGAGGGAAUUAGUAUUCAAGGCUCGCUCACUAUGGAGCAAUUCAGUUCGUCUCUCGUCGAGUCUCAGUACAGAUCUACCUACGCUAUAGUCUCGAAUACCGACACGCCGAAUCGAGAUUUGCAACGAAUGGACGAGUUGCGCUCUAGUAAGAGUUUUGAAAAAGGCUACUGCAGCGGUAGUCUGCGUCAGGAAUCGAGCAGCCGUUCAUGUUCGCCUGUACUUUCAUCUCAUUAUUCGCCGUCGACGCGACGUAGCUCGCAACACUACCGUACCCUUCAGGGUAAAUCUUCGCCAUCCGCAGCAGUUCAACAGCGACUAAGCACAUCAACUCAUCAACAACAACGAGAGCCUGAAUACGGACGAAUCAAGCGUUGGCAUACUGCACCUAAGGAAAAGCACAAGGUACCAGCACCAAUUGCCAGAUGGAACAUAGCUCCAAGCAUGAGCAAGCCUUACAAAUGCAAGGAGAUAGAGCCCGUCGACAUACCCGGCCAGUGCCUACAUACAAUGGAGAAACUUGGUGCCGGCCAUAUCGGCGAGGUGAUAAUCUGCGCAGUGCUAGGACUCAAAGAUUCGACCACUUCGAAAUUCAACGCUCUAAUUAGUUCAGAACCAUUACGUUUAGCAGUAGCAAGAAUACCCAAUACUGAUUUCACAGACGGUUCGCCUAGCGACGAAGAUACAUUACGAGAAAUUCGUUACCUGUCCUGCUUGUCAGAUCCGAAUCUCGCGAGGAUCCUCGGUAUAGUGUACGACGCAACGGAACCAUCGAGACCAUGGACGAUUAUUGAAUAUACCGAGCUUGGUGACCUCGCGCAUUACCUUCAAUACAGCGAGCCACUGGUCGGCACGCAACGGCCCAACUGCAGCCUCAAUUUCAUCAGCCAAAACUGCCUACUCUACAUGGGAAUGCAAGUAGUAUCAGCCAUGCGUUACCUCGAGUCUAAACAUCUAGUUCACAAAGAUUUAGCAGCGAGAAACUGUUUACUGGGUCGGGCUUACACGGUGAAAGUGACGGAUAUAGCCAUGUGCAGCGAUUUGUAUAAGAAGGAUUACAGCGACAUUGGUGGCAAACGUCCUGUACCCAUUAGAUGGCUACCUUGGGAGAGCAUGCUACUGGAUAGAUACACCAAUUCGAGCACAGUAUGGUCAUAUGCCGUAACGCUUUGGGAAAUAAUGAGUUUCGCCCGGGAGAAGCCAUUUCAACAUUUGACGAAUGAACAAGUUAUUCACAAUGCCGAGCUUAUGUACUACGGAGGUGAAUUACAAGUCCUUUUACCAAAACCAAUGAUGUGCCCAGAGGAGGUCUACAGCGUAAUGUGCUCGUGUUGGAAGAGAGACGAAUCUAUACGACCAAGCUUCAAAGAAAUUUACGCGUUUCUCAAGAGUAUUACUGCAGACUAUCGACCUAGAGCGUAAUUAUCCAUUGACUGUGAUAUUGAAAAGCGAAACGAAGAGGAAGAAAAUAAUAGGAUCGACGACCUAUAAAGUAAAGACUCUGGAAAAAAAAGAAAAAAUUUUUGUGUAGGUGAAAAAAAGAAAAGUAAGGUUGAGAGUAGUACUAUAUAUAUCGAACGGUUUAAGGAGGCCAUUUGUACAUUGCCUGCGUGAGAAAUAAGUCAAAGACUCCAGACUCAUUCCUGCAACCGUACAAUCGUUAAGUUUAUACGUGCGCGAAAUAUUUUAAAAGCCAGAAAAAGUGAAGUAUGUUCUGAGUACCAGGAAGAAACUAGAAUUGUUGUACUAGAGUGAAAUUUACGAAGGGUGUUUUUGACAACUUUGUUAUUUAUUUCCAAACAUCUAUUGAACAAUAUACUCAAACACAUGCGAGGAAUAUUUUUUCGCUGAAAACAAAACUUUUGAUAAAAUAAGUAAUUGCUUUAAAAUAUUAGAAUUUCAAUUAUGUUGUCAGUUAAGUUUUCACUUUACAACAUCAAGGCAAACAAAAUAAAAUCGCGCAGCUAUUACUAUAAAAGAUGACGUACGAAUAAAAUAAAGAGGCAAUUAUGUAUUAAAAAAUAAUACCAAGUGUAAAAAGAAUCUAUUUAGUGCAGUGAUUGAGUUGGUAGAAGUCAAAAAGUGUACAGUAUGCUAGUAUUGACAAAAUAAUGUGUAUACUAUGCUUCUGAAAAUACAGAAACUAAAACUCGUUGUAAAUAUGAAUAUAGUACAUAAGUAGUUAUAAGACUUUUCGUUGUUAAAUAAUUACUCUACUUGUUGGGAUUGCAAUAUUAAAUUAAAUUAAGAAAAGUGAUAUUUUACUUUGAUAAUCUUGUGUUAGUUAUCAUUUUAUAUAGCCAAAAUGCGAUUUCUACAGGAGCGAUUACAGAAUGUCUUCUUUGAAGAAAUAAUUUAGGAUCUAAGUACUUAACUAACAAUGAGUAAUAAAAAGUAAAGAGUCAAUGCCAGUUGUUAAGUUAUUAUCGAGUUUUUUAUAAUAAAAAUAAUAACAUAUAUUAUGAGUGAAGCAAUUAUUCCCAAAUGAUGCCUGUAUUAUAAAGAAUAAACAAACAAAUUCGAAUGUAAGAUCAAUAACAUGUCUUCUUACAUACUCGUAUUUUUCCAAAGGAAUAUAAGAAUUAGUUUAAAGUCAGUAUGAUUAUACUGAUAAUUGUAUUUAUUUGCGAGUACUAUGAAAUGUAAUGGGAAAUUUAUAAUGUAUUGGAUUAAAAUAUUAUCUUGUGUCAUUGACAAAAUACAUAUCGCAAUAUUAUGUUCCAUGACAAUUGUUUAGCUUUGAAAAAAAACUAAAAUAAACAUAAGAUAAUACUGAUAACACGUACAUAUGUCUUAUUUACCGUAAUCGUAAACUCUACUAUCGUAUGUUUAAAAAUU